AAAAACUGCUCAAGAACCCAGAAGUAUAGGAAGGGUCAUGAAGAACACCGAAAGCGGAACUGCAGAGAAAGGGUUAUGCAGGCAGAAAGCAAGUCAACAAAAGCACUUAGUUAGAAUAUGUAACUUGAAAUUGACUCCUUUGGAAAUUGCCAUAGAACCAUUAAUGGACAUCAUCAGCUGGAACUGGGAUCUGAUGAAUCCCACAAAAGUCAGCACCUGCUACAGAACAGAUGCCCUGAUCACCAAGGACUUGUUUUCUGGAUAUGCCGCAGAAGGAUCCGUGCCAGAAACAAGCCUGUGAAAUACAGAAAUGUUUACAAGCCAACAACUACAUGGAAUCUAAGUGUCAGGCUGUCAUCCAAGAACUGCGUAAGUGUUGUGCUCGAUAUCCCAAGGGAAGAUCUCUCGUCUGUUCAGGAUUUGAGAAAGAAGAGGAAGAAAAGCUGACACUGAAGCCUACAUCACAGUAAAGUUCUGCUGAGAAGCGAAAUGCUGCUCCACAUUUCCACCAUGCAGUUUUCAUUUAUCCUCCUGACUCUUUCUUCAGGCCAGGUAGCAGCAAAUAUCAAAUGAAAAAGUCAACUAUAAAAGUUAAUAUGCCAUCUAUGCAGAACAAAUAUAAAUAUAUUAAACAAAUAUGUAGAAUGUGAUCAAAACUGAGCUGCUAAAAUAAACCUUUUAAGUGAAA